AUGGAGGAAAGGCAAGACGAUGAAGGGGAAGGAUGGUUAGAAAUUAUCGAUGAGGACGAGUUGUAUCAUUUGCUGGGCCUGAGAACCGAUGAUGAUCAUGUCCAGGGUGCUGUUGAUGGUACUUCAAAUGAGGAUCAGGCAACUGCAAACAAUGGUAGUACAGUCCCUGAUGUUACAGCUCUGAUUGAUCAACAUAAUUAUUCAUCUAGUGCGAGGAGACUUACUACUACACCCACUGAUGCCUGGGUUGCUUCAAGGGGUAUCAAGCACCUCAGGAAGGACCCAAAUAUGGGCAUAAAAGAAUUGAAGAAGCAGCUGCAAGACGACCACAAAUGUGAGAUUCACUAUGACACCAUUUGGAAGGGGAGCCGGCUAGCUGUACUACUUGGAGAAGGGCCAAGUACAUUGCUAAAUAACAAGCCUACAACUUCAGCAAAACCAAAGAAGUUGAGCUAUCAAGUACCUGCUGCUGGUGCCACAGCUAACCUUACAGAGGACAUGGUUGGGCAGCAGGAUGAGAAUGAGAAUGAGCAGAAUGAAUAA